GAAAGUUGGCGCAUGCGCAUCACGUUUUCCGGUCAACAUCGACAGUUUAGCAUCGAUAAAGUGCACAGAUUACAGAGCUACAGAUUACAGAGCUACAGAUUACAGAGCUACAGAGACAUGUCUGGCUUCAGCGUGGAGCUGAUCGAUUAUCUGGAGGGUCGAAUCACUUUUGAAGAGUUCGACCGCAGGAGAGACGAACGGAAAGCAGAGGAGGAAGCAGGACCUGAAGAAGAUGCUCAACCUUCCACCUCGACUCAAACUCACGUCACCAUCGAGGAGGGAGUCAGCCCAGGAGUCCAGCUGGCCUUCGCCUCCAUCCUGGGAGAAUCGGCUGAAGCGCCAUCAUCAGAUGAAGAGGAGGAGGAGGAGGAGGAUAGUGAAGAGGAGGAGGAGGAGGAGGAGGAUGAAGGCAUGUCGGUGGGAGAUGUGUUCAAGCUGGAGAUGGAGCUGAACAGAGAGAACAAGAAGCUGAUGAAGGCUCGUCGUCAUGGCAGCAAGCUGCCCCAGGCUCUCCGGGGUCUGAUGGGGGAGGCCAACAUACGCUACGCCAGAGGAGAGAAGGAGGACGCCAUCUUGAUGUGCAUGGAAAUCAUCAGGCAGGCCCCUCUGGCCUACGAGCCCUUCUCCACCCUGGCCAUGAUCUACGAGGACAACGAAGACGUUGACAAAGCUCUACAGUUUGGACUCAUCGCUGCCCACCUGAACCCGUCGGACUGCGAGGAGUGGAUCCGAUUGGCUGACAUGUCUCUGGAGCAGGACAACGUCCGGCAGGCCAUCAUCUGCUACAGCAAAGCUAUCAAGUAUGACCCAACCAACGUGCGCUACCUAUGGGAACGUUCCAGCCUCCAUAUGCGCUUAGGAGAGCACAAACAGUGCAUGGACGGGUACCGCAGGAUCUUGUCUCUGCUGCCUCUGGAGGACGGGGAGCAGUUCAUGCAGUUGUCCAAGGACAUGGCUAAGAGUUACUAUGAGAGUAACGACCUGACGUCAGCUCUCGGUGUGAUGGAGGAAGCUCUGACUCGACACCCCAGCUUGGCCAGCGAUGACAUCAUCAACAUGGCGGCUGAGCUCUACAUCUGUAGCCGCCAGUACAAACAGGCCCUGCAGGUUUUAGUCAAGUUUACUGGUGCGGUUUUGGUCCGAGCUGAGCCCACGCCACCGGUCACGGCAUCGCAAACACAAAUGGUGACCGAGGAGGAACUGAAACGUGAAGAGGACAGUAACUCAGAUGAGCAUGGGGAAAUCAUGGAGGUUCAUGUUCCAGAUGGUGUACCUGUUGACUUGAGGGCCAAACUGGUAGUCUGUCUCAUCCAGCUGCAGGUCCUCACACCAGUGGAGGGCUUGGUGUCAUCCCUGAUGGAGCAGAGUCCAGAAGAGAUCGGAGACCUGUACCUGGACGUAGGUGAAGCCUACAUCGAGCAGGGACAGUACCUGUCUGCCCUGCCUCUGCUGUCAGCCCUCGUCAUUUCUGAGAAAUACAACCUGGCAGUCGUCUGGCUGCGCCAUGCAGUGUGA